AUGCAGGAAGUGACAUCAGAAGGUGGACUGGAGCAGGGCCAGACAGAGGAGACGCUGAGGUUUUCCCACACCGACAUCCAGGAAGCCAAGGACUUAGAAUCAGUGCAGAAACAUUCGAACAGGGAGUGUCGGAUGGAGGAGCCCCAAGGGUCUGGGCCUUUCUUCUUCAUGGGAGGAACAAAUGGAGCGGAAAUAGUGAGCAGUUACUGUGAGAGCAGAGGAUGGAAAAGGAUUCACAACAAGCACAGGAAGGAUUUCAAACUCAAGUGGUGUGACACCAAAUCUUCAGCCAACUACAGUAACUUCAGAGAAGGUGAACAGUUGAUGUACCAGAUUCCCAACAACAAGGUGCUCACCACUAAGAUCGGCCUCCUCAGCAGUCUGCGGGAGUACGAGCGAGUCAGCAGCAAAGUCAACCACGGCAGAAGAUCAAGGAGGCUAAGAAUAGAAGAGUUUAUUCCCACUACCUUCCGCAUGGACAUGAGGGAAGAGAGGGCGGCUUUCUUUGCCCAGCAGGAGGGUGUAAGCAACAACAGGAAUCAAAUGUGGAUCUGUAAGCCGACCGGAAUGAACCAGGGCAGAGGUAUUUUUCUAAUGAAGAGCCCAGAGGAUGUAUCCGCCUUCAGACUGAAGCUGGAGCAGGCAGAGGGCCGACAGGCCAGCAGGAGGACGCAGCAUCGUCAGCCUCAGGCUCGCAUCGUUCAACAUUACAUCCAGAAGCCGCUGCUCCUGAAAGGCAAAAAGUUUGAUGUGCGCUCUUUCCUUCUGAUCGCCUGCACCGCACCUUACAUGGUUUUCUUUCGUCAUGGAUAUGUACGACUUACCUGUGACCUCUACGACCCCAGCUCCAACAACCUCUCUACACACCUGACCAAUCAGUACAUGCAGAAGAAGAACCCUCUGUACAGCCAGCUGAAAGAGGACACAGUGUGGUCCAUGGAGAGCUUCAACACCUACGUCAACAACAGGUUUCAGGUUGCCAAUGGUCUGCCCAGGGACUGGGUGCUGGACGUCUUUGCAAAACGCAUGCAGCAGAUCAUGUUGCAAUGUUUCUUAGCUGUCAAAUCGAAGCUGGAACGCCGACUGGGCUUCUUCGACCUGAUUGGCUGCGACUUCAUGGUUGAUGAGGACUUUAAGGUGUGGUUGUUGGAGAUGAACUGUAACCCUGCUCUGCAUACCAACUGUGACGUGUUGAAAGAGGUGAUACCCAGCACUGUUGUGGAGACACUGGAUUUAACUCUGGAGAUCUUCAACAAGUGUCGUCUCAGGCAGACCAUUCUCCCUUUGGACAGCCAAAGAGAGUUUGUGCUGCUGUAUAAUGGAGAGCUUCCUCCCGAUACAGAGCUGGCCUGCAGCAAAAGUCAAUUCAACCAGAAGAGAUCCAAAAAGACUGAAGUCGGGAGAUGGUCGGGGGAGCUGGACCCGAUCCCAGCUGUCAUUGGGCGAGAGUCAAUCGCAGAUCUGACAUAA